AUGGGUAUCAAAGCGAUCACCAGUUGUUGUUUUGUGUUAUUUCUUUUGAUUAUUGUUGAUGUUGAUGGAGCUUGGACCAUUUCAAAAGAAGAAGACAUGGAAUUGGAAAAACAAUUGAAGAUCCUGAAUAAGCCUGCCGUUAAAACCAUUAGAACAAAUUCGGGUCAGAUCUUCGAUUGUGUGGACAUUCACAAACAACCGUCUUUGGAUCAUCCUUUGCUUAAAAAUCAUAAAGUUCAGAUGACUUUUGAUGGUUUUCCGGAAUCAAUAAAAGAUAGACCCUUGAAAGGAAAAGGGCUAUCAGGGUUUGGUGUAGGGUGCCCCAUUGGAACAGUUCCAAUUCGAAGAUCUGCAAAGCUUGCUGCAAAUGACAAGCCAAUAUAUGGAGUGACGAGCAUAUUGAAUGUAUAUAAACCUACACUUCUAUCUCCAGACCAAGUUAGUGGCUCUAUCAUUUAUCUCUCCACUGGCUUUGGUGAUGACUCCAAGAGUGUUGUAAGCGUAGGAUGGGCGGUGAUGCCUCCGGUUUAUCGUGACAACUUCACUCAUUUAUUUGCAUAUUGGACUGAUUCCAAAUCAGGUGAUUGGUAUCUAAGGGUGAAUGGCGCAAGUGUUGGGUACUGGCCUAAAGAGCUCUUCAGAGGAGCAUUUGAGGUUGCCAAAGAGGUAAACUGGGGAGGAGAAAUAUUCAGCCCAAGGCAGCCUUGUCCGCCCAUGGGGAGUGGCCAUUUUGAGUCGGAAGGUAUUGGUGGGGCAUGCUACAUAAGUGGUAUGCGGUAUCAAACUGCCGCUGGAGGGUAUUUUGAAGACAUUGACCCUGAACUUCAGGCUCUUGUUGACAGACCUCACUGCUAUAACGUUUCCAUGCCCAGUUAUCUUAGUGAAAUCACUGGUUAUACAUUUUUAUUUGGGGGUCCUGGUGGCCAAUGUUGA